AUGGAAAAUAGAAUAGAGGCACUUGAGCAUAAGUUAGAUAAUUUUGCAACAGAAUUAUUCGGAGAGGCAUUUAGAGAGUAUAUAAUCGAGGUGGUACGGCAAAGUCAAGUAAUGUCAAAUGACAUGGAAUCAAACGAAAUUGAUUAUAUGAGAAAAAAAGUUUAUAGAGAAGACUUUGAAACAAGAAAGCAAACAAAGUAUGAUUUAAAAGCAGCUCAAGAAAAUAUUGCAGCUUGUUAUCGCGAGCUUCAAACUUUGGGAGCUGCAAUUGUUGACGUUAAGAAAGGAAUGGAAAAUAAAUCAGAUUUAAGUGAUAUUGAAAAUAUUCACUCUGACUUCUCGAAAUUCUGCACAAAAGAGUAUGCAGCAAUUUUAUCUGAAAAUAUGAAGAACUUAGUGAAUAACAAUGAUUUUAAAGUUUUGAAAAAUGAAUUUUAUAAGCUAAAGGAAAAUUUAGAAGUUGAGUAUUUAAAUAAAGCCCAAAUCUUUCAAAAAAUUGAUGCAGUUGAGUUUAAAUUUAAAAAUGAGCUUGAAAAGUAUUGCACAAAUGAGAGCAACUCUAAUACAAAUGCCAAGAUGAAAAAAAGAAUCGGUGACAUUGAAACCUAUGUUUCUGAAUUAGAUUCAAGAUUGAAUUUUUAUAAAGGACAGACUAAAGAUCUUAUUUAUUUAAAUAAAAAAGAGCUUGCUGAAAAAGCAACAAGUGAGCAAGUUGAGAGAAUUAAAGAAGAGCUUGCAGAAAAAUUUUCAAAAUAUGAUUUGACAAAAGGAACUAGCGAACUCAAUAUCAAAAUUUUAGGCCUGCAAAAAGAGUUAUCAAAGAUAAAUAAAGCUCAAAGUGAAUUUGAGCAUGCUCUACUAAAAUUUGAUGAAGCGUUUCUAGAGAAGGCUUCUAAGUUUGAAGUAAAAGAAAUCAGAAAUAGGCUUGAAGCUAUAUCAUCUCAGUCUUUAGUAAAUGUAGAUUUCAAUGGGAUCAUUGAAAAAAUUAAAUCACUUACAGAGAAAUGUGGAACUUUCGAGUCAAAUUUUCAACAUUUUAAUUUGGAAAUUGCUGAUAUAAGCGAAAGGCAUAAAGAUAUUGCUGAUUUAACUAGCCGUUAUGAGUUUUUAAAGGAACUUACUUUAGAUAUUCAAGGAAAACUAUCCAAUAAAACUGAUAAACUUGAAUUCCACAGCUGCUUGGAAUCAAAAGCCACUUGUCAGGACAUUCUAGAUGUAAACGAAAGCAUAAAAACUCUCCACAAACUUAUCAAACUAUCCUCAGCCCAAAUUGGAUUAAUUCAAAAAAAUCUAUUUAGCCUAGGCAGCCUUGACAAAGUCCAAAGAGAGCAGAUGACCUCCUCAAUGCAAAGAGCCUUGGAGCAAAUCCAAACCUCAAGCUUAGACAAAGCCAAGCUCCCAUUUCUAGAAAACUUCAGAAGCAAACUAAGCCCUAUUGAAAAAAUACGAGCAUCUACAGACCUUUCCCCUUCAAAAAGCAGGAUUUCUCCUCAUAAAAGAACACAAAAUUCAAUUGAUAAUAUAUUCUAA